GUUGAAAUGAGGACAAGGUGGAUCCUGUUCUUCGUGCUCAUCCUGCCUCUCUGGGAAGCCUGGAAGCGUUGGCACUUUCUGACGCAGUGCGCCACCUAUUUCGGCUCGACGUGUCUCGUGCUGUUAGCGAGCUUCUGGCUGGCUCAAUUAAUCUGGUCCAACGUCUUCACGAAGUUCGUCGAAGGUGGCGGCAAGGCUGUCCUAGUGACUGGUUGCGACACGGGCUUCGGGAACUUGCUGGCUAAACGACUGGCCAGCGAAAAGUUCUUCGUGUAUGCCGGCUGCCUGAACGCCAGUGGGGACGGUGCUCGCGAGCUGUCUAUGAACUCGAACAUUAGGGUCCUCCAAAUGGAUGUUACGAAUGAAGACCAGAUGGAGGAAGCACUCGUAACAGUGAAGGGCACCCUUGAGUCCAAAGUCCUUUGGGCUGUGGUUGCAAACGCAGGCGUACCCAGUCACGGACUGCUCGAGUGGGAGAGCAUGCAAUCGAUCCGAAAGGUCUUCGACGUCAACGUAUUCGGCGUGGUGAGAGUGUCGAAGAUUUUUCUGCCACUGCUUAGGAGGUCCAAAGGUCGCCUGGUGGUCGUCGGCAGCGUUUUGGGUCGAGGUACGGUUCCGGCCGGUGUAUCCUACUGCAUGAGCAAGCACGCCGUCAUCUCGCUGGCAGAUGGACUGCGUCGGGAGUGCCUUGGCAAAGGGGUCGACGUCUGCACCAUUGAACCAACUGCUUACAGGACACGGAUAGUGGCCGACGUGGGAUCCUUGAACAGGAUCCAGGACGACCUCAGUCGGCUACCCCGCGAGGUGUUGGACGACUACGGCGAGCUUGAGAUCCUGGACUGGAUGAAGACGGCCGAGAUCCUGUUCAAAUGGAUGGCCCGCGAGGAUCCCAAUGAAGUAGUCCAGCAGAUGGUGCGAGCCGUCAGGGAGUCUGAGCCGAGGCCGUAUUACGCCGCCUGGGGUCCCUUAGAUCCCGCUAUCUACUUCGUGCUUCGGGAAGCUCCUGCUGAGUUUGUGGACGCCCUGAGUUUUGUGGUGCGCAAGAUUAGCGCAUGGAGCAAGUAGGUUCAGAUAUGACUUGAAA